AUGGCCGUAUCGAUACAAGACCGCACCGACGAGUUCCGCUCUAUUCUUGCGCAGGCUCAGCGACGGCAGGCACAAUCCAAGACGGGCGCGCAACGGCAGUCGCUCCUCACACAGCAAGAGAAGGCACAGGCAAAUGCCAACCCACGGCGUCAACGCUCCGAGUUUGCGCGCAAUGCCGCAGACGUUGCCCGAGGUGUCGCAAGCACCAUGCAGAAGCUCGAGCGCCUCUCACAGCUGGCCAAGCGCAAGACGCUUUUUGACGAUCGGCCCGUCGAGUUUGACGAGCUCACUUUUGUCAUCAAGCAAGAUAUGACCGCCCUGUCAGGCCAGGUGCAGGCUCUCCAACAGAUGAACUCCAAGCAACACCCCAAGUCGAAACCUGGUGUGGAUCAAGAGGGAGAGCACAACAGCAAUGUCGUGGGACUGCUAAAAGACAAACUACAAAACGUGGGAAUGAACUUCAAGGAUGUCCUCGAAGUGCGGACAAAGAACAUGCAGGCAUCGCGGUCGCGCACCGAACAAUUUCUGUCAACAGCUGCCCAGCAAUCCCACAGCAGCCUCGAGCCAGGCAGGACCGAUUCCCCGUUAUACCAAACACCCCAGCGAGGCCGCUCUCCUGGAGGUUUUGGCCGCAAUACUAGCGCAGUGCAGCAAGACCUACUCUCGCUCGAGCCUUCCGGUUCGUCGGCUCUGACGCGAGGCGGUCCCCAAUCGGAUGCACAGAUGCUGCUGAUGGAAGAAGCUCAGCCCCAGAACGCAUACAUUCAAGAGAGAGGACGGGCAAUCGAGUCGAUAGAGUCUACCAUUCAAGAGCUAGGAGGCAUCUUCAGUCAGCUCGCCCAGAUGGUAUCUGAACAAGGAGAGCAGAUCCAGCGUAUCGACGCCAACACUGAGGACGUUGUAGACAAUGUCGAGGGUGCCCAACGCGAAUUGAUGAAGUACUGGAGCCGUGUGCAGGGUAACAGGUGGCUUGUUGCAAAGAUGUUCGGUGUGCUAAUGAUUUUCUUUUUACUCUGGGUACUCAUUUCCGGAUAG